AUGCCCUCUGGUUACGUUACUUAAGGCACUUAAGCCUUAAGGCUUCUUAGCCUUUAGGUAUCAGGUACCUAAUAUCGCAUACAAGGUUGAUUCUUGUACAGUAUUUCCAUUGUAUUCUCGUUCGUUAAACCAACAGGACCUACAUUUUUUUUUUGUUCACUUUUAUAUAUAUCACUAAAGAUAUGCAAUGAACAAGUGACUGAGCCAUAAAAAAAGAUCUACAAUCUUGGUAUUAUAUACACUACUCCUAAUCUUAUUUCCAUUAAGCCCCCUUUUUUUUCUGCCUCGCAAUUCGCUUACCUCCACCUGGGCUUUCAUGCAACCGGAUGUCAGCAAAUUAGACAUAUGCCCAAGCGUCUUCGACACAAGAAAAAUCCGAUUUUAACUGCUUGGUAGCUUAAGUGGAAAUUAAUAAUCCAGCAGCCAUGGCCUCUUUUCGACGUUUCCGCCCGGAUGACUUAGACAAAUUCUCCAAAUGCAAUCUUGACCCGUUGACCGAGACGUACGAUCUAAGCUUCUAUCUUCAAUACUUUGCGAAAUGGCCCUCACUAUUCCAAGUCGCCGAGGAUCCCAACGGAAACAUAAUUGGUUAUAUUAUGGGCAAGUUGGAAAGCUCCCCAGAUUAUUUCCAGUACUCUGAGCAUUAUCUACCAUGGCACGCGCAUAUAACUGCCCUUACCGUGGCCCCUGAAGCCCGUCGUCUUGGCAUUGGAAAGAUUCUCACAGAAAGCCUCGAAGUUGCUGCAGAAGCUGGCGACGCUUGGUUUGUCGAUCUGUUCGUGAGGAAAAGCAACACCAGAGCUAUUAAUUUUUACGAGAGUAUGGGUUACAGCGUAUAUCGUGUAGUCAAAGAUUACUAUGGCGAUAAUGUUAACGAUCCCACUGCCCACGGUGAAGACGCCUACGACAUGCGUAAACCCAUGUCCCGGGAUAAGACACUGAAACACAUUCGGGAGGAUGGAAGAAAUCACGAAGUUCAGCCCGAGGAUGUCUUUUAGCGGAGUUAAUUGUGUUAGCGACCUACAUUGCGCCGUCGACAGAAUAUACGCUUCCGCUCACGUACGUCGAGUCGGGACCUAAAAGGAAAGCGAUGACAUGGCCGCACUCCUCCGCCGUGCCCUGUCUGCCGAGAGCCGCCGUAUCAUCAAAUGGUGCGUCAGAUGGUCGGUUAUGGAUUUUCCAGCUCUUC